GACACUAGGUUACUUUCAUAUUAUUAAUAAUAUUUUUUCUUAAACUACUUUAGUCCCUAAAAAGGGUGAAGAAAAUGUGAUUUUCAUAGUGAGAAAAGUAAAAUACAAUUGCUGCGUUAAUCUUAAUAAUGACAUUUAAAAUUGAAACACCCAUAUCUAGAUUGCUAUGUGUCAGCCUUCAUUGAGUACGUUUACACGGACACCUAACGCCGGUUUUAUAACUACGGAUUUUACUAAUCCGGUUUUAUGAUACGUGUUUACACAGAACAGGAGUUAUAACGUACGUUCUGUGGUUGGGUGUAAUAACAUUCAACUGAAGUCCGAACAGUAACGUCCAUAGCUACCAACAUAAAUAAGAACAGCCAACUUCACGUCUAUUAUUUAAUUAGGAGAAGUGAGGUUAAUUAAUUUGUUUUCUGUUGUAACUUCGUUUUUGAUCUUGUGCCGCGAAAUGAAUGAAGUAAUAAUUGCCAGUGUUUUUCCCACUCUAUGGCAGUUGUAUACUUCCAUUAACGAACAGUUAUGCAACUUUUUCAUUAACAACAUUGUAAAAUGUCGAAAACGCUUUACCCAAAUGUUGUUACUGUAUCUAAUUGGAACAACACCAAGCGAAACAUUAAACUUAGGACCGGUUUUGCAAUGUAAUCGCAAAACCAUGUGGAUGAAGAAGAGAAGUAGUGAGUGGUGGGAGAGAAUCGUUUUAAAACACUUCAGUGACUGUGAUUGGAACGAAAAUUUUCGAAUGUCCAAAAGCAGUUUUUUAUGGUUGUGCGACCAGUUAAGAAAUCGUUUGCUGCCCUGUGAAAACUAUGUGAAAACUAGAGAGCCCGUGUCAGUAGAAAAGCAGGUUGCAAUAACAUUGUAUUUUUUGGGAAGCUGUGCGGAGUAUCGGGUUGUGGCAAAUGCUUUUGGAGUCCACAAAUCAACUGUGUGGAAAUGUGUACAUAGAGUUGUAAACACUAUUAAUAGUGUGUUGAUGGAUUCUUGUGUAAAUAUGCCUAACAGUGUUGAAUGUGAUGACAUAUCUUUUCAAUAUGAGAAGACAACACAUAUUCCAAAUUUAAUUGGAGCGAUAGAUGGGACUCACAUCCCUAUUUUGCCACCCGCCGAUGGUUAUCGAGAUUUUGUUAAUAGAAAGGGGUGGCCGUCGAUGAUCCUGCAAGCAGUGGUUGAUCAUUCAUACAGAUUUCGGAAUAUCAAUUGCAAAUCGCCUGGUUCGUCGCAUGACGCAGCAGUUUUUCAACAGUCUGUUUUAUUUAAACAGCAAGAACAACUUAUUCCAAAGAAAUGUAUUGAUAUAAAUGGAGUAAAUGUUCCUUUCAUGAUCAUGGGGGACCCAGCCUACCCACUGCUACCUUGGCUCUUAAAGGGGUACACAAAAUCUGCACGACUCACCCCCGAAGAAGAGUCAUUUAAUGUUUAUUUAAAUGCGGGAAGAGUGUCCGUGGAGAUUGCGUUUGGGAGAUUAAAAGCACGCUGGAGGUGUCUUUUAAAACGCCUUGAUAUUCACUACUCAUUUGUACCCCAGAUUGUAUCUGCAUGCUGCAUUUUACAUAAUAUAGUUGAAAGCAGAAAAGAGGCUUAUGUGGUGCAGUGGGAAAAAGCAGUUAUGGAAGCAGAAGUGAUAUUUCCACAACCACGGAUAAAUACAAGCAGAGAACGUGAGCAUUUUAGCGGUCACACCAUUAGAGACACUAUUAAAAAUUAUCUCGCGUCCAAUUUUCCGUUAAGAAAGACUUGGUAUAAGUAGACAAUGUAUUGUAAAUUGUUACAAAGUAUUUUAUAAAAAUUUACUGUAGAAAAAAUAAAGUCCUUAUUCCACA